AUGUUUUAUCCUUGCAUCAUUUUGCGCGUAACUUAUCCAUUGCCCCCUACAGACAGACCUGACCUCUCGCACCCGCCUUCUCCUAAUGAUUCUAUACGUGGAGAAAUAAGGCACACGAUCGAAACUAUGAUCGACACACUCGAUUCCUCCUUACGAGUACUCAGUCUCCAGAUUCAUAGCCACCCAGAAUUGAUGUUUGAAGAAAUAUUUGCUCACAAACUUCUAUCUGAUUACAUGGAAAGCCACGGGUUUUCUGUGACGAGGCAUUAUCUCGGCCUCGAGACUGCUUGGAAGGCUGAAUAUACCCACGGACAGGGAGGCAGAACCCUUGGGAUUAACUCGGAGAUGGAUGCGUUACCUGAGAUUGGGCAUGCAUGUGGCCACAACCUCAUUGCAAUUAGUGGGGUAGGUGUGGCAUUAGCCAUAAAAUCCGCAUUGGAAACCCACAACGUUCCUGGCACUGUCGUUCUUCUAGGAACCCCAGCUGAAGAAGGCGGUGGAGGAAAGAUUAUCCUGCUUGAGCGGGGAGCCUACAAAGGGAUGAAUGCAUGUUUAAUGUGUCAUCCUUCCCCUGGACCCGAGUUGUCUUCGUUUGUGGUAUCUUCGCUGGCAAUGCAAUCUAUAGAUGCCGAAUUCUUUGGGCAAUCCGCUCAUGCUGGAGAUGCUCCAUGGGAAGGUGCCAACGCACUCGAUGCUGCGUUCCUAGCAUACUCCAGCGUCUCCGUGUUACGACAGCAGAUCAAACCUGACCACAGAGUAAACGGCGUCAUAAAUGGCAGCAAGAGAGCUGCGAAUGUAAUCCCUGACUACGCCAAAAUGAGGUGGUAUGUCCGAGCGCCGACACGAGAUGAGUUAACGCGACUGACAGAAAGAGUGUCCGCCUGUUUUGAGGGUGCCGCGUUGGCAACUUCCUGUCGUCUCAAGAUCACAAAGAACACGCCCUAUUACGAUUUACGGCAGAAUAGCAUCCUUGGUAAGUCGUCUUCUCAGAUCUGCCUUCUCUCACGCGAUAUCUCAAGAAUCUGGGAGUGGGCAUCCACAGAUUUUGGUAAUGUUUCAUACGUCUUGCCCUCGCUACAUCCAGCUUUUGCCAUCCCUACGCGGCCCAAUGGGGGAAACCACUCGCCAGCUUUCGCUGAUUCUGCGCGAACCGCGGAAGCCCACAAAGCAUGUAUGAUUACCACCAAGGCUUUGGCGUGUACCGGUUUCCGUGUGUUGGAAGACAAAGUUUUUUUCAUGCAGGUACGAGAGGCCUUCGAGGCUAGCAUGUGA